AGAAAGCACCGAUGUGACCCCUCCCCUCUCCUGAGGCUCCAUGAUAACUAUGUAUGAAACUAAUGCUAGAACACAGCUCGGGCCCUCACCUCUCUCUGAGCCUCCUUUCAGUACAGUCUCCCAGCAGGUACCACUCAGGCCCUCACCUCUCUCUGAGACUCCUUUCAGUACAGUCUCCCAGCAGGUACCGCUCGGGCCCCUUUCAGUACAGUCUCCCAGCAGGUACCGCUCGGGCCCUCACCUCUCUCUGAGCCUCCUUUCAGUACAGUCUCCCAGCAGGUACCACUCAGGCCCUCACCUCUCUCUGAGACUCCUUUCAGUACAGUCUCCCAGCAGGUACCGCUCGGGCCCCUUUCAGUACAGUCUCCCAGCAGGUACCGCUCGGGCCCCUUUCGGUACAGUCUCCCAGCAGGUACCGCUCGGGCCCCUUUCGGUACAGUCUCCCAGCAGGUACCGCUCGGGCCCCUUUCAGUACAGUCUCCCAGCAGGUACCGCCUGGGCCCCUUUCAGUACAGUCUCCCAGCAGGUACCGCCCGGGCCCUCACCUCUCUCUGAGCCUCCUUUCAGUACAGUCUCCCAGCAGGUACCGCCCGGGCCCCUUUCAGUACAGUCUCCCAGCAGGUACCGCCUGGGCCCCUUUCAGUACAGUCUCCCAGCAGGUACCGCUCGGGCCCCUUUCGGUACAGUCUCCCAGCAGGUACCGCCCGGGCCCUCACCUCUCUCUGAGCCUCCUUUCAGUACAGUCUCCCAGCAGGUACCGCUCGGGCCCUCACCUCUCUCUGAGCCUCCUUUCAGUACAGUCUCCCAGCAGGUACCGCUCGGGCCCUCACCUCUCUCUGAGCCUCCUUUCGGUACAGUCUCCCAGCAGGUACCGCUCGGGCCCCUUUCAGUACAGUCUUCCAGCAGGUACCGCUCGGGCCCCUUUCGGUACAGUCUCCCAGCAGGUACCGCCCGGGCCCUUUUCAGUACAGUCUUCCAGCAGGUACCGCUCGGGCCCCUUUCGGUACAGUCUCCCAGCAGGUACCGCCCGGGCCCCUUUCAGUACAGUCUCCCAGCAGGUACCGCUCGGGCCCCUUUCAGUACAGUCUCCCAGCAGGUACCGCUCGGGCCCUCACCUCUCUCUGAGCCUCCUUUCAGUACAGUCUCCCAGCAGGUACCGCUCGGGCCCUCACCUCUCUCUGAGCCCCCUUUCAGUACAGUCUCCCAGCAGGUACCGCUCGGGCCCUCACCUCUCUCUGAGCCCCCUUUCAGUACAGUCUCCCAGCAGGUACCGCUCGGGCCCUCACCUCUCUCUGAGCCCCCUUUCAGUACAGUCUCCCAGCAGGUACCGCUCGGGCCCUCACCUCUCUCUGAGCCCCCUUUCAGUACAGUCUCCCAGCAGGUACCGCUCGGGCCCUCACCUCUCUCUGAGCCCCCUUUCAGUACAGUCUCCCAGCAGGUACCGCCUGGGCCCCUUUCAGUACAGUCUCCCAGCAGGUACCGCCCGGGCCCCCUUUCAGUACAGUCUCCCAGCAGGUACCGCCCGGGCCCCCUUUCAGUACAGUCUCCCAGCAGGUACCGCCCGGGCCCUCACCUCUCUCUGAGACUCCUUUCAGUACAGUCUCCCAGCAGGUACCGCUCGGGCCCCUUUCGGUACAGUCUCCCAGCAGGUACCGCUCGGGCCCCUUUCGGUACAGUCUCCCAGCAGGUACCGCUCGGGCCCCUUUCAGUACAGUCUCCCAGCAGGUACCGCCUGGGCCCCUUUCAGUACAGUCUCCCAGCAGGUACCGCCCGGGCCCCCUUUCAGUACAGUCUCCCAGCAGGUACCGCCCGGGCCCCCUUUCAGUACAGUCUCCCAGCAGGUACCGCCCGGGCCCUCACCUCUCUCUGAGACUCCUUUCAGUACAGUCUCCCAGCAGGUACCGCCCGGGCCCCCUUUCAGUACAGUCUCCCAGCAGGUACCGCUCGGGCCCCUUUCGGUACAGUCUCCCAGCAGGUACCGCUCGGGCCCCUUUCGGUACAGUC